ACACGUUCCGCUCUGUUGGCUAACUGCUGAUUUCGACGUACAGUUGCUGCUGCCGUUGCAACUGCACGGGUACGGUGCUGGAAAUUGGCCCAGCAUUUCAAGAUUUUGGUCCCCUUUUUCGAGUGAAAUGCGUUUGGAUUUCACAGAUCAAGCAGGUGGGUUCCAAAAAUCAAGAUUUCCAGUGGCCACGGCAGCUUCCGAGGAACGGACUAACUUGGCUUUUUUUCGUUAAAAGUGCACACUUAUUUUUGCACUCGACUGGUGUUGCGCAGCGUGUGUAGUCUGUACGGCUGUACGGUAGGCCCACAAACUAAGCUGAGUGGUUCGAGUGCACGUGAAAACUUGGACAUUUAACCCUCUUUUCCUUCAACGACCAGCUGAUUUUAUCUCCUUGUAACUUGUUCACACACACACCCUGGAACUGCUGUUGAGUGCUCUGGUAGAGGUUGCUACAGGAAUUUUCUUUCGGGUGGAUUCUCUGAGGCCUGAAAAAUGUCUCUGAUGACGGGGAGGUUAAAGUUAACGACCCUGUGCAGCCGUGGUCUGGCCGCCGUGGUCGUGCUCCUUUCCCUGGCCGUGCUGGUGGUGAGCGGCGCCGGAGCUGACUUUGACGCGGAGCUGGAUGAGGGAUAUCUACCAUUCACCAAUGACAAGGCACAUCUGCAGGAGGAGACAAGAGUACAGCGCUCUCCGGCAAAACUCUUUGAAGUUGAAGAGCUUGAAACGAUACCCAAAUUACCCGUGGAGGAGCUAGCGGGGCCGAGACAUCGGAGGCAAGCGUCCGAGGUUUUCACGGACACGGAAGGAUCGGGAACCGAGGAGCCAACCGGGAGUGGGACCGAACCGACCCCUGCUGCGGUGGCAUAUUACCGCAUCGGUCUUCUAGUUACGAAUGUUAAAUACACGUUGGACCAUAGCAACCGAGCCUCGAGCGCCUUCAUUGAGCUUGCCGAUUCCAUCGCCACAAGGGUAGAAAAAAUUUACGAAGGAAUUCCUGGUCCACAAUUCGUCACCGUCCUUCAGUUUGUACCACGUGACGAUGGGUAUAUCGAAGCCCAAUUUGACCUGGGGUCAGAGGUCGUGUACAGCGAGUACACUCUGCGCACGGCCCUGGAAAGUAAAAUCAUGGGAGGCAUGUUGGGCCAGCUGCAGGUGGCGCCUGAGCUUUUGGAGUUCUCACCCAUUGUCGUUCCCCCGACCACGCAGCAGCCGGUGGAGGGGACGUCGCCCCCGAGUCUACCUACGCGGCCGUCAUUCUGCCCCGGUGGCGCCCAGUGCACCAGCGUUCCCCCGACGACGCAGCAGCCGGUGGAGGAGACGUCGCCCGAGUCUCAACCCCCGCGGCCGUCAGUCUGCCGCGGCGACAGCGACUAUCGCUGCCGCAGCGGUGAGUGCGUGGCGCUGUCCCUGCGAUGCAAUGGCGGCUACGACUGUGCUGAUGGCUCAGAUGAGCAAGCUUGCCUGUCUUCGCCUCCAUGCCGGAACACAGACAGGUACUGCGACGACGGGCUCUGUUAUGAUGCCAGACUUUUCUGCGACGGGAUACCACACUGCCGAGAUGAGUCGGACGAAACACCGUCACUAUGUGGAGCAGAUGUUACCCCGCCCGAUGUCGUAGAUUGCCCCUUCAGUGUCGGGGGUUUUGCCUUGCCGGGCCAGAACGAGGGAGUCGCAACCUGGACCGAGCCGACGGCGUCCGACGAUAGCGGGGAGCCGGUCAGAAUCUCCCGGACCCACGCCCCGAACACUCGCUUCCCCAUAGGCCGCUCCAGGGUCACGUACUAUUUCACUGACACAAGUGGAAACCGCGCCGAGUGUUCGUUUAUCGUUUCCAUUCAACCAGCCAUCACCCCUUCACCAGUCCCCGAAACGACAACCACGGAGCAGCCUCCGCGGUGCUCACCGUCCGAAGCCACGUGCAGGAACGGCCAGUGCAUCCCCCUCCAGUACCGUUGCGAUGGGUCUCUGGAUUGCUCGGACGGCUCGGAUGAAAGCAAUUGCCCGUCCGCGGGUUGCGAGCCCAAUGAGUACCGGUGUGCCAGCGGCUUCUGCAUCCAGAAGAUCUGGGUGUGUGACGGGGAUGAUGAUUGUGAGGACGGAAGUGAGGAACUUAACUGUCCCGUGGCUGCUCCUGGUGCCCCGUGUGCCUCUACCGAGUUCCAGUGCUUGAACACGGUCACCACGCAGUGUAUCCCCAAGGCCUACCAGUGCGACAACGACUUUGACUGCGAAGAUCGGUCCGAUGAGAUUGCUUGCACCUCGCCCCAGGUGGUACAAUCGCCCAUCUCACCGGUAACCGUUACCGUAGGUGCAACGGUGGUCGUCACCUGCAUCGCCCUGGGCAACCCAGUUCCCAUCAUCUCAUGGCGUUUCAACUGGGGUCCGUUACCAGACGCAUCAAAGGCCGUGGCAACCAGUGAGAACGGCCGCGGCACGCUGACCAUUUACAACGUCCAGGAGAGUGACCAAGGGGCGUACACCUGUGAGGCCAUGAACAGCAUCGGCUACCUCUUUGCCAUCCCGGACGCCAUCGUGAUUAUCAUUCCUCCCGAGGGCAUCUGCACAGGGUCAGUCUUCAACAAGGCCGCUCAGGUCCCCGAUGACUGCAUCGAGUGUUUCUGCUUUGACGUCACCAACAGAUGCACAGGAAGUAAUUACUACAGCACCCAGACGAGCUUGGUCUUCAACAACAAUGACGCCCGAGGCACACUGAUCGGUUCUCGCUCGCGGGUGGACGGUUCGAUUACCACCGUGGCCGAGACCUUCAUCCAGGUCAAUCCCAACACGGAGGAGGUGACGGUGCUGGACCUGAACCGCAGACUCCCGGCUGGGGACUACUACUGGGUCCUACCGGCCCAACUUCUCGGCAACAAGCUGACCAGCUAUGGUGGCAACUUCCAGUACCAAGUUCGCUUUAACGCCGGCGCCGGUGGUCAGCCGAUAGCUGCGGACCUCACGCCGGACAUCGUCCUGGAAGGGAACGGCAUCCGACUGACCUAUGCCGUAGGCCGAAGUAUGGAGGAAUCGCGCUUCAAUGAAGUCAGCGUGCAACUUGUUGAGGACGGCUGGAUGAGGGUGGAGGGUGACCAACAGACGCCGGCUACCAGGGAAGAGAUCAUGAUGGUACUCCAGAACGUGGAGACCGUCCUCAUUCGGGCUUCCUACAACACCAACAUCAGAGACACCAGUCUCUCCAACGUUUACUUGGAUGAAGCCCAGCCAGAGAACAACGGUAGAGAAGAGGUGACGAUGGUGGAGAAAUGCGAGUGCCCUCCGGGCUACACUGGCCAGUCAUGUGAGAACUGUGCGUCUGGAUACUACCGUGUGCGCAACAACCGUUACUUGGGCACCUGCGAGGCCUGCGACUGCAACCGGUACUCCUACGAGUGCGACGCCGACACCGGCGUCUGCAUCAACUGCCGCGCCAACACGGCCGGCAACAAGUGCGACCAGUGCGCCGAGGGUUACUAUGGCGACCCGCUGUCGGCCAUUCCUUGCCUGCCCUGCCCGUGCCCCCUUACCGUGGACCCCAACCAGUUCUCGCCCACCUGUUACCUUGACAACGAUGGCUUGGUGACUUGCAACGCCUGCCCGCAGGGCUACGACGGGCGCCGGUGCGAGACGUGCUCGCCGCAGUACUCGGGCGAGCCUCUCAACCUGGGCAGCUCUUGCGUCCCAGAGGGGAAGAAUUGCAACUCGCAGGGCACGUCGGAGCUGAUCGGGGCCGAGUGUGAUUGCAAAGACAAUGUCCGCGGCGAGGAAUGCGAUCGCUGCCAGCCGUUCACGUUUCAUCUCAACAGCGACACACCGGACGGCUGCAUUGCGUGCUUCUGUAUGGGAGUCACGAGGGACUGCUCUAGUACUAAUCAGUACAGAUCCCAGAUUUCAGCCGUUUUCACCCAGAACACCCAAGGCUUUGUCCUGUCAGACAGCCAGGGCACGAUGGUCAUUGAGCAGGGUCUGUCUGCCAACCCGGCCUCCAGGGAACUCGCCUUCAGCAACUUCAGGCCGUUUGGAUCCCAGACGUUCUACUGGAGUCUACCCAACUCUUUCACUGGUGACAAAGUGUCUUCGUACGGAGGCAAUCUACGCUACACCAUCCUCUUCCAACACGGCGCCGGUGCAAGUUUCUCCAACAACGAGCCGGACAUCCUCCUUAUUGGAAACGGAAUCACGGCUAAGAGAGUACACCCAGACAGGCCCACAGCCAACAGCUACAAGACCUACUCUGUCCCUCUGAUUGAGACGUACUGGAGUAGACUGGACGAGCAGCCAAUCCAGCGAGAGUUUCUGAUGAUGCUGCUGGCCGACGUGGACCUGAUUCUGAUCAGGGCAACCUAUGGCACGCCCACAACCUAUGCUGUCAUCAAGGAUGUUACCCUGGAUAUUGCGGAGCCCAGAAACACUGGCCGGGAGAGGGCCUUAGCCGUAGAGCAGUGCAUCUGCCCCAUCGGCUACACUGGGCUGUCUUGUGAGGAUUGCGACGUUGGCUACACGCGUACCGGGGGAGGGCUGUACCUAGGUGUCUGUGGCCCUUGUCAAUGCAAUGGCCAUGCCACUGACUGUGAUCCAGAGACUGGCGUCUGCAGGGCAUGUCAAGAUAACACCGGCGGUGACCGCUGCGACCAGUGCCUGCCUGGUUACUAUGGCAACCCGGUGCUGGGUACCCGGGACGAUUGCCAGCCGUGCCCGUGCCCCCUCACAGCCUUGCCAAACCAGUUCUCGCCCACCUGUUACCUUGACACCGACGGACGCGUCACAUGCAACCAGUGCCCCGAAGGCUAUGCGGGACGAAACUGUGAAAGGUGUGAGCCGCCCUUCUAUGGUGAGCCAACUCGUCCCGGUGGUAGCUGUCUAAAACAAGAUUCUUGUCAGUGUGAUCCCCGCGGCAGUACCGUACCGGGCUGUGACGACGGUGGCCAGUGUACCUGCAAGGCUUACGCUGAAGGCUCUCUUUGCAACGUCUGCACCUACGGUUACUUUAAUCUAGCCACUGGCAAUGCAGAAGGCUGCAGCAAAUGCUUCUGUAUGGGAGUCACCGACGGAUGCACCAGCUCCCGUUACUACCGGCAACAGCUGCGGGUCACGUUCCAGUCUCCCAACGAUCCGCGCAGCAUGGUCAUCCGGAACCGUGCCGGGGGCUCGCUGUACUCCAGCGGUUUCACCAUCAACGUACCGACCAAUGAGAUCAUCUUCGCUGAGUUUGACCAGUUGCCCCCGCAGGCCUACUUCUGGAGCCUCCCGCCAAAGUUCCGAGGAGAUCAGGUCACAGCCUACGGUGGCUUCCUGCGCUACACCAUCAGCUACGACGCGGCAGUAGAGGGCCAGCAGUACGGGGAGAGCGACGUGGAAAUCUAUGGCAACAACAUCAGGCUGAUCUACUACGACCGUGCUCUGCAACCCAGGGAGACUCGAACCAACACCAUCCAGUUGAUUGAGGAUAACUUCCGAAGACCGGACCAGGCCCCAGCAACAAGGAAGUUUUUCCUGAUGGCCCUGGCCGACGUGGAGUACAUUCUCAUCCGGGCCACCUUCCACUCAGAGAUGCUGAGCACAAGGAUUCGCGAUAUCUCCAUGGAUAUCGCUGUUCCUGAGAAUACAGGCCAGCCCCAAGCCAUGUCUGUUGAGGAUUGCCAGUGCCCUGAUGGCUACACAGGCCUCUCGUGUGAGGACUGUGCCGUCGGUUUCUCCCGUGUAGACCAGGGCUUGUACCUCGGCAUCUGCGCUCCCUGCCAGUGUAACGGACAUGCCAGUACCUGCAAUCGAGAAACCGGUGUCUGCAUAGACUGCCUGCAUAACACUGUUGGCACCAACUGCGAAGUUUGUGCGGCCGGUUACUAUGGAGACGCGACAUCCGGCACGCCCGGCGACUGUCGUCCAUGCGCUUGUCCGCUGAGCGUUCCGUCCAAUCAGUUCUCACCGACUUGUAUUCUAGACACUGACGGCCGACCGACUUGCAACGCCUGUAGCGCGGCAUACAUUGGGAGAGAUUGCGGACAGUGCGCCCCCGGUUUCCAAGGAAACCCUGGAAUCAUUGGUGGAAGUUGCACCCCUCUGGGCCAGGAGGAGAGAGAACCCAUCAUCACAAUCACCCCCACGGAGCUGUCUGGUGUCCUGUCUUCAACCAUCUACAUCAGGGUAUCCAUUCAGAACAGCUUCAUCUCGGGCUACUGGAGCCGCGCCGAUGGGCGCCCUCUACCGCCCAAUGCCAUCCAGCUUGGCGACAACUCAUUACAGAUCACCAAUCUUCAGGCCAUUAAUAGCGGUGUCUACGUCUUCGUUGCACGGAAUCAGUACGGUACCAGCACAGCACAGGUUACCAUCACAGUUGUUGGUCCCAGUAUGCGCGUCAUCAUUGAGGAGCCCGUCGACCUAGAGGUGGAGGAAGGGUCCACGUUGACGUUUACCUGCCGCGGCAUCAGCCAGGUCGCCUACACCCUUGCAUGGACCAGGCAAGGCGGUUCCCUGCCGCCAAACGCCAGGGACGUCAUGGGAAAGCUCACCAUUCCACUGGUGACCGAAGAAGACCAGGGAAUCUACAUCUGCACAGGCUCCAACAUGCACGACGUGGACCAGGCCAACGCCAGACUCACGGUCAUAUCCUCAUACCGACCGCCCAAUGUGCGCAUCACGCCGCGCUUCAUCGAAGCCGAGGAGGGUGACGCCAUCGAAUUCACCUGCAUCGCCGACGGCAACCCGCCGGCGACCCUGGAGUGGCGCGGGGGUCGCGGGGGCGUCAUGAACCCGGGGUCGACUUUCACUGACGGGGUGUUCCGUAUUGAUAGCGUUGAGCGGUCCGACGAAGCCGAGUAUUUCUGCCACGCCUCCAACUCUGAGGGCUCGAGCAGCUACCGUGUUGUUCUGUACGUCAGAGCCUCCAAGCUACCCAAGGUCAACAUCGACCCCUUGGAUCAGCGGGAGAUAACGGAAGGCACUCGCGUCGUCCUCUUCUGUGGGGGUAGCGGUGACCCCCAGCCCACGAUCACCUGGUCCCGCAGCGGGGGCUUGCCCUUACCCUCGCAAUCCAGACUGGAGAACGGCUACCUGAUCAUUCCCAAUAUCCAGUUUCAGGACCAGGGGGUGUACAUCUGCACUGCGACCAAUCAGCUGGGGUCGGGUACGGGUGAAAUUGACAUCCGCGUCAACCAAGAGAAUCGACUGCCACCAACUGCCCGCAUUGAGCCGCGGGGAGCCAUCAUCAACCCGGGCACCACGCAGGUCCUGCGCUGCAUCGUCACCGGUACCCCGGCCCCUACCAUCACAUGGUCUCGCAGCUCGGGACCGCUGAGGUCCAAUCAUGUCGUGUCCAACAACAUGCUUCAGAUCCGAGAUGCUACACAAGAAGACGAAGACUACUACACCUGCCGUGCCGACAACAGUGCUGGAUACUAUGAGUUCAGCGUGGAGAUCAGGAUACAGAGGCGCCAGUCACCCAGUGUGCGUAUCACUCCAUCCUCCAAUCCGGUUAUCGGCCAAGGAGACAGCAUUCAGUUCCUCUGCCAGGCUUCGGGCAUCCCUCCGCCCAAUGUGUUCUGGAGUCGAGUCGGCGACCUGGGUUUCACCGGACAGACUUUCGCCAAUGAUAAUGAAGGAACGUUGUUGAUCCUAUCGGCCACCCCCAAUGAGCAGGGAGCUUACAUAUGCACCGCCAACAACACAGUAGGCACGAUACAGCAAACAGUCACGCUGACUGUUCAUGGAGCACCACGCGUUGACGUCAGCCCAGCCAGCCCAGCCUCCUACCGCGUCGGGGACACGAUGGUCCUGGAGUGCGUGGCCUCAGGCCAACCCAUGCCCUCCGUCCAGUGGAUGAAGAUGGGGGAGCAGAGCCUGUAUGAAGCCGUACCGUCCAGCGAAUUUGAGUUGUCCUCGGAGAACGCGGGCAGCGUGGUCUACAGCAUCGACUCGGUGGACAUGAGCCACGCUGGCAGCUACAUGUGCCGGGCCGAGAACGCUGCCGGAUUCCACGAACGGGAGAUCGUCGUCGAUGUUCGUGAGAAUGAGCGUCCCGGACCACCCCGUGUGGAGGUAUCGGUGGAGGAGUUGGAGAGAGUGGAGGGAGAAUCAGCCCAGUUCAGCUGCCGCGCAUCCAAUUUGGCGGAGGGAACCUACACCAUCACUUGGCGGCGUCUGGGCGGUAUGAUGCCCUCCAUGGUAACCGUCGACAACGGCAUCAUGACCUUCCCCGAGACGCGGGCCGAGUACUCGGGCCAGUACUUCUGUAUCAUCACCACGGGAUUCGGCGUCUACCAGCAGGUCGUCACGCUCAUCGUGCUGGUUACACCGAGGCCAACUGUUUCUCCUGCUGGUCAGACGGUCAGAGCCGGGGACCUGAUCCGCAUACAGUGCAUGGCUGAAGGGACCCAGCCUAUGAACUACGAGUGGCAAAAGGUCGGAGGUCCACUUCCCCCCACCGCCUCAGAUGCCAACGGGAUGCUCCAGAUCACCAUGGCAACCGCCGCCGAUGCAGGAGAGUACAUCUGCACGGCUACCAACAGUGCUGGUUACCGCACCAUGUCUGCAACCGUGUAUGUACAAGUUCCACCGACGGUGAUCGUCAACCCGGCCAGAGAGACCAGGGCCAUCGGCGGAUUCGUGGAGUUCAUGUGUCAGGCGACCGGUAGCCCGCCACCAGUAAUCAUCUGGGAGAAAGAGGACGGAUUCCUGCCUGUUCAGCACAGCAUUCAGAGCGGACUCCUGAGCAUCAGGAAUCUUCAGCCCGGUGACGAAGGCCGUUACAUCUGUACGGCAAACAGCUCAGCCGGCUCCUCCAAGGCAUACGCAAGACUAGCACUCCAAGCUGCACCGUCGGUGGAGAUCAGCAUCCACACCACAGUCCAGUUCAUCGCCAUCGGCGAGUCGGUCACCUUCGAGUGCCGGGCCCGGGGUGAUCCCGAGCCGGUCAUCAUGUGGAGCCGCGAGAACGGUGAGCCACCCAUCACGGUCAUCAUCCGGGGCGGCAUGAUGACCAUCCCGCAGGUCCAGCUGCAGGACGCAGGCACCUACCUGUGCACGGCAACAAACAUCGUCGGCUCGCAGACCUCCAAAGUCAUCCUUUACGUGCAAGCCAAGCCGCAAAUCUUGGUCAUCCCCCAGGAGCGCAACGCUCCGGUCGGUAGCCUGGUGGAGUUCACCUGCGUGGCGUCUGGGUUCCCGCCUCCCCAGACCACCUGGUACAAGCAGACGGGCGACAUGCCGGGCCGCUACACCAUCGAGAACGGCAAACUGACCAUCCAGUCGGUCAGCGAGGACGACGAGGGCGUGUACAUAUGCAGCUCCACCAAUCAGAGGGGCACGUCCGAGUAUCCGGUCACCUUGACCGUCGGAGAGCUGAUCCCCUACUUUACCCAGAUGCCGAUGUCUUAUAUCUCCUUCCCGCCCUUACGGGAGUCCUACGUGGUGUUUGAUAUCACUAUCUCUUUCAAACCAGAGGGCUCGCAAGGCUUGAUUCUGUACAAUGGUCAGACCCUGGAGGGCGACGGAGGUGACUACAUCGCUUUUGGCAUGCGGGACCGGCUCGCCGAGUUCCAGUUUGAGCUGGGCUCGGGCCCGGCCACCCUGACCAGCACGGAGCCCCUCGAGCUGGGCCAGUGGCACACGGUCCGCCUGUACCGCAAUCGACGCUCCGGCCUCAUGCAGGUGGACCAGCAGCCCGAGGUGCAUGGCAACUCCAGCGGAGGGUUCCUGGGUCUCAACCUGGUCCAGAAGCUGUACCUGGGAGGGGUCAGGAGCUUUGACAUGGUGCCCAGGGCGGUGCGAUUUGAGAACGGGUUCAUAGGCUGCAUCAGCCAGUUUAUCAUCAACAACCAGAAGAUCUACCUGGGCAGCGAGCUGGGGUCACGGGUCGGAAUCCAACCCUGCCCGACCUGCGAGGUCGACACGUGCAACAACGGCGGGGUGUGCCAGGAGGCCAGCACGGAGUUUGGGUUCCAGUGUCAGUGCCAGGCCGGCUUCACAGGCAUGCAGUGUGACACCGCCGAGCGAUGCGUGGAUGGUCUGUGCGGCUUGGGCUAUUGUGAGGAGGACCCCGGACCGGUGGGUUAUCGGUGCGUCUGCCCACCGGGGCGCAGUGGCCAACACUGCGAUAUAGUUAACGACGACAGUGACGUCAACAUGGGUAGCGGUCAAGACACACCCCAAGCAGAUAAUGGGAUACCGGUCUACGAGCCAGCGUUCACUGGUAACUCCUUCAUCGCCUACGGGGGCCUGCAGGAGUCCCUGCGUCAGGUCCAGAUUGCCAUGAUGUUCAAGCCGCAGAGCACUGAGGACGGAAUCUUGAUGUUUAACGGACAGAACCACCGCGGGCAGGGCGACUACAUCGCCUUGGUCAUCAGGAGCGGACGGCUGGUUUUCCAGUAUGACAGCGGAACUGGCCCGGCCAUCAUUGAGAGCGCCUACAACCUAACGGCCGGUCAGUGGUACUCCAUGGUAGCCGAGCGUAACAACCGCGAGGGUUCACUGGUCAUCGACUCUGGUGAGGCGGUCAAGGGCCGGUCGCCAGGCUCCAGCCGUGGCCUGAACCUCAAGAUGCUGAUGUACGUGGGCGGAGUGGACGAGAUGUACCAGCUCCCAGCCGAUUUGGGGGUCAGCAAGGGAUUCCAGGGAUGCGUAGCCGAGAUUGAGAUUGACGGCUCCACCCUGGGUCUGAUCAGCGACGCCAAGGAGAACAUCAACGUGCAGGAAUGCGGGGAGGACCAACUCUGCUCCCGCAACCAGUGCAAGAACGGCGCCACCUGCACCAGCACGCUGGACGAAUACGUCUGCACCUGCACCGCUGACUACACCGGUCGUCACUGCGACACUGAGGUGGGCCCUUGCCACGUGGACCAGCCCUGCCAGAACGGUGGCAGCUGUGACCCCAUGGGUGGGGAUGAGUAUCGCUGUCUCUGCCCCCAGGGAUUCACUGGGGACCACUGUGAGAUAGUUGAGACGUUCGACUACAGUGCAAGUUUCACCGGGAACAGCUACCUGAAGCUGCCGCGCAGCAUCAUUCCAAGGGAACGAGGGAGCAGUACUUCCAAAGAGACAAUUAAUUUUGUCUUCUCCACCCUCUCCUCAAAUGGUAUCCUCCUAUGGCAGGGAGUGGUGGAGGGACAGAGUGGAUAUAUGCAGGAUUUCAUCUCACUGGGGAUCGAGAAUGGAACGCUAGUAUUUGGCUACCAGCUGGGCAGUGGCGAGGCCAGCAUCAGGUCAAAGGUCAAGGUCACUGACGGCCUGAGACACAACGUGACCGCUCACCGGCGAGGUCGCGAGGGUGCGCUCAUCGUGGACGGAGAAGAGGUGUCGGGUCACUCGGCCGGUUUCCUGCAGAUGCUGAACGUCAAAGGUCAUCUGUAUCUAGGUGGAGCGCCUGAUGCCGAGAAACUAACCGGCAAGAAAUACAGCAGUGGGAUCGAGGGUUGCAUCUCUGACCUGCGGAUCACCAAAGAAGGCUACGAGCAGAUCAUGCACGUCAAUCUCUGGACCACGCUGGUGGAUGCCGUCAACGUCCUGAACUGCCCUAAUUGAUGUUAACUCGUUUGUCCGCUCAUUCAUGAUAAAAAAAUGUCUUGUGUUAACCCUACGCUUUCUCUGUUCCUUUUUUUUUUAGAAGCUGUUGGAAGGGAAAAUGAUUGGGAAAUAAAUAAAAUGUGACAAUUUAGGAGUAUGGAUCUUUUUCAAAUGAGAUAUGAUGGUUUUGAGGUUUCACAUAUAACCACAUUGCUUUUCUGGUUACUUUGAAAUUACUUAGUUUCCAGAUAUGGUCAUCUGAAAAGGUAAAAAGUCUCGGAGCAAUUUUUUUGACUUGUGCAUGUCAUUGUUAUGGUAAUUUUUUAAAACUUUUUUUUAAAUCAAAACAUUGCUCUUGUGCGGUGGUUUUUUUUACAAAAUAAUCAAUGUAACCAAAACAACUCACACAAAUCGAUUUUUUUUAUUAAUUUACUCUUUUUUUAGAUCAAAGUGGUAAAAUUCAAAAUUUGAAGUUUCCUAACAUGGUAGAAUAGUGUUUUUUGCCUUGAACUUGUGUGUCAUAGGUGCAUUACAACUAAACGGCUGGGCAGAGUCUAAGUGAGUUAGAUGAGCGUAAUAACGACAACAGAGAGAUCUGUGUCUGUAGUCUUAUCCUCCAGCUUUCUUUCAGAAUGGUGCUAUAUUAUGUAUGUAAAGUUUUAAAAAAAAAAAAGUUCAAUAUCAUGUUCAUCCAAAUAUCUGACAUUGGGGUUU